AUGGAGCAGAUGAGCCGAGAGGCCCAGUUUAAUACACUGUCCUAUCUGUUACUGCAGUUCACGAUUUUUACGUUUAUCCUAAACACUGCACCGGUCUCACGUAUGCUUGUGCAGAAAGAAACUCUCCUGGAUGACUUCCUUCUCACGUACACAGUCUUCAUGACGACUGAUGACUUGUGCCAGGCACUUCUGAGGCACUAUUGUGCUAAGAACCACCAAGGGAAAGAAGACGACACUGAUGUGUCCUGUAGGAAACGAAAAGUCUUGCAUUUGGUGUCUCAGUGGACUUCUCUCUAUAAAGACUGGUUACACGAAGAUGAGCAUUUAAAACAAUUUUUAAAGACAAUAUACAGGAAUGUGUUAGAUGAUGUGUACGAAUAUCCCAUUCUUGAGAAGGAACUGAAAGAAUUUCAGAAGAUACUUGGGAUGCAUCGUCGUCACACUGUAGAUGAGUAUUCACCUCACCGAAAGAAUAAAACCUUUUUCCACCAGUUCAGUCUAAAGGAGAACUGGCUGCAGCACAGAGGAACCAUGAAUGAAACAGAAGAAAUUUUCUGCCGUGUGUAUAUAACAGAGCACUCCUACGUCAGUGUGAAAGCUCAAGUAUCCACUUCAGCUCAGGAGAUACUGAAGAUUGUAGCAGAAAAGAUCCAGUAUCCGGAGGAGGAGUUGGCGCUGGUGACAGUCACGUUCUCUGGUGAAAAACAUGAACUACAACCAAAUGACUUGGCUAUCUCAAAAUCUUUUGAGUCAUCCAGUCGUAUGUUUGUCUAUCGAAAAGAUAUGACUGAUUCUUUGAACCCAUUUACUGAAAAUGAGGAAUUGCAGCAAAGGUCUGUGAGAAUUUUGGGAAUCAACACCUGGGAUCUUGCCUUAGAACUAACAAACUUUGACUGGAGCCUCUUCAAUGCAAUUCAUGAGCAAGAGCUGAUAUACUUCACAUUCAGCAGACAGGGCAGUGCUGAAAACACUGAGAAUCUCAGCCUUCUGCUUCAAAGGUGCAACGAGGUCCAGCUAUGGGUUGCCACCGAGAUACUCCUCUGCAGCCAGCUCUGCAAACGUGUGCAGCUAGUCAAAAAGUUCAUCAAGAUUGCUGCCCACUGCAAAGCCCAAAGAAAUCUGAAUUCAUUCUUUGCUAUUGUUAUGGGUCUCAACACUGCAUCUGUCAGCCGGCUGUCUCAGACCUGGGAGAAAAUUCCUGGCAAGUUCAAGAAACUUUUCACUGAACUUGAAAGUUUGACGGACCCUUCUCUGAAUCACAAAGCUUACAGAGAUGCAUUCAAGAAAAUGAAAUCUCCGAAAAUCCCCUUCAUGCCCUUACUUCUGAAAGACGUAACAUUCAUCCAUGAAGGAAAUAAAACUUUUCUGGAUAAUCUUGUUAAUUUUGAAAAGCUGCACAUGAUUGCAGAUACUGUUCGGUCAUUGAGACAUUGCAGAAAUAACCAGUUUG